AUGAAACAAUUGCCCAACGGUACUAAGUUGAUCCUUUACUUGUUGUUUACUACCAAUGAUGUCAGACUGAUCCUUUACUUAUUGUUUACUACCAAUGAUGUCAGGCUGAUCCUUUACUUAUUGUUUACUACCAAUGAUGUCAGACUGAUCCUUUACUUAUUGUUUACUACCAAUGAUGUCAGACUGAUCCUUUACUUAUUGUUUACUACCAAUGAUGUCAGACUGAUCCUUUACUUAUUGUUUACUACCAAUGAUGUCAGGCUGAUCCUUUACUUAUUGUUUACUACCAAUGAUGUCAGGCUGAUCCUUUACUUGUUGUUUACUACUAAUGAUGUCAGACUGAUCCUUUACUUAUUGUUUACUACCAAUGAUGUCAGGCUGAUCCUUUACUUAUUGUUUACUACCAAUGAUGUCAGGCUGAUCCUUUACUUAUUGUUUACUACCAAUGAUGUCAGGCUGAUCCUUUACUUAUUGUUUACUACCAAUGAUGUCAGGCUGAUCCUUUACUUAUUGUUUACUACAAUGAUGUCAGGUUUGAUCCUUUACUUAUUGUUUACUACCAAUGAUGUCAGACUGAUCCUUUACUUAUUGUUUACUACCAAUGAUGUCAGGUUGAUCCCUUUACUUAUUGUUUACUACCAAUGA